AUCAUUUUUGUGCAUAUAAAUAACCAGUACACAAGUAUCUUUUAAAUUUAUGAAAGUAAUCGCUGUGUUGUUUCAUGCAAGCAGUUUACAAUAUAUGAUUCCUUGUGAAUUUAAUAGGAAAUUUAUGUAAUGAGAAGACACAGAAUUAAACGAGAGGACCCCGAGCCCUCCAGCUCUUACUCGCGUGGACAAGAAGAUCAUGACUUAGCUUAUUAUAUCCACGAUCGAGUUGAACUUAUGCACCAAGUGUUUUCUGCUUUGAAACCUAAAGAUCUGAAAGCCAUGACGCCGGCUUGUAUAAGUCAUCUCUCUUUGGAUAAUAUAAAGGAAUUAUGUACUGAAGAGCUCCUUGGAAUCAGCUCAAAGCGGUUAUGCGCCAUUUUGGACGGCGCUGAACCCCCGUCAGACACGGAGUCAAGCUUGUCGGCGUCUCCUGAGCACCUAGAGACCAUCUCAUUGGACAGCAUCUCUUCUGAUGAAGAGAUUCUGAGUCAAGCUAGCAAAAAAAGUAAAAAGAAACACCGCCACCGCGACAAAAGCAAAAAGAAGAAGCGGUCGCAGUCCCCCGGUGCGGAGGGCGGGGAGGGCUCGCGGGCGGCGCGCGCGGGGCUCACGGUGCUGGAGCUGCUGGAGCUGCAGGCGCGCGCGCGCGCCAUCCGCGCGCAGCUGCAGCAGGAGCGCGCCGCCAAGAAAGCAACGGACGCCGCCGCGGAGUCUGGCCACGAGGCGUCCUCCGACGACGAAGUGCUGGUGAAGGAGGAACCGCCCGAAGUGGUGGAAAUCAGCAGCGGCGAUGACGAGAAACCUUCAGUGGUUGAGCUGGAGAAAGAAGAACAAAACGCAUCUACGGAGACUGAGAAAACAGACGGCUCGCAGACAGUAACGAAGCGGAUAAACAAUUUGGUGAUCACGGUGCCUCAGUCGACCACGACUAGGAAAAUUAAACUCAAUCGAACCAAGUCUCACCCAGCGGCCAAUAAUGAACAAGCGACGACUAGCGCCGCCAGUACUGAAUCUCCUUGUAUAGAACAAAGUAAAGUUGAUAAAACUAAUGAGGUUGUAACUGUAGCUAACAAACCUGCAGUGAAAGAUGUCAGAAAUAAAGACAAACCGAAAAAGAAAAAGAAGAAAAAAGAUAAAAAGAAAACCAUAGACAAAGACGGUAGUGACCACGACGAAAUUAUGAUACAAUUGUCCGAUAGCGAGAAGUUAGAUCUGUUGGAGGAUUUAGAUCGUAAAACUUACGAAAUAGUUUCAAGCCACAGCUCCGAAGAUUCCGAAAGUAGUAGUAGUGAUAAUGAUUCAGAUGACUCCUCGUGUUAUGAAGUAGAAGGUGCGGUGUUGUCGAAAGAGCCCACAGCCAAAGAAAUAGAAGCCCUCUCGGCGAAGAUAGACGAGAUAGAGAGAGUGGAAGUUGUUACCGAAGAAGAAAUUAAGGCGCACGAACAAGCUUUAGUUGAGAAGAGUAAGGCGGAGGAAGAAAACUUGGAACAAAUAUCAUGGAAAGACAGGUACCUAGACAGUACAAAAGUGAAGAAAGUUUUGACAACGUCAAAUAUAUUGAAUGCAUUAAGAAAGAAGAACAAAGAACUCAAAAAGAAAUUGGAAGAAUCGAAAUCUAAAGAUUCAGAUGUGCAGGUGAGUGUGGCUGAAACCAAGGAGAGUGAGACAGAGGUCCGACAGAGUGGAGUUCAGGCUGCGCAAGAGGAGGUGACCGCCGAGAAACAAGAUGAAGGUAAUUUCGAAGAAGGUUCUAUAGAACAGUACAAUACUUUACAUGGCUCUACAAAAUAUGUCGAUCCUGUGAAAGAACCUGAAGUAAAUACAGAAGAAAAAAAUCAGGAAACUGACGUAGAGAAACAAAAAGACAGUGUAGUGACGAAGGAAAUGAAGAAAGAUGCAAAACAAUUGCUCAAAAUGUACAAGAGAUUGCUUAAAUAUAACGAUAUGAACAAACAAAAAGAUCCAAAUAAAAAGAAAAAGAAAAAAAAGAAGAAGAGCAAAGAUAGUGAGAAUGUUGCCAGUGUUGAAAAAAGUGGCAAUUAGGUUGCCGGUCUAUUAAAAAAAAUAUAUGAUGUAAGAAA